AACACCCGUAGGAAUCAGAAAUUUAGAUUCAUAAAGGAAACUACUCACAAGGUUGCUGAAAACUCUUCGACAGCCCACGACCGGUUUCGCCCUUCUUGGGGCUCACCAGAUGAGCGCAAUUCCCGAGGUUCCAUCAACCUUAUGUUCUACUUGAAACCAAUUGGACUGUUCUCGAAAAAUACACUCGUUUGCAAUUCAUUUUGGUUUUCACGAGAGACUCAUUUGAAUCUCUCUUUUAUGAUGUUCUACAACUGCAUGGGUUUUUCGCUUGAGACGAGGGGCGCAACUAUCGACAAAUAUACUCAUUUGCAAAUCAAUUUGGUUUUCACGAGAGACUCAACUGAAUCUCUCGCUUAUGAUAUUCUACAACUGAAUGUGCUGCACACAGGCCGCCUCAUGUUUCAGUUGCCACGAUAUUCGAGAUAUCGUAGUAUAUAUUCACAAGGUUCCCUUUAUGAAGAGGUACAAAUACUUCAAAGUCAAACACCCGGAUCUACACCUUUAACACAAACAACUGCUGCACACAGGCCGCCUCAUGUUUCAGUUGGUACGAUAUUCGAGAUAUCGCAGUAUAUUCCCAUGAAGGAAACUACUCACAAGAUCAUGUCACGCGACCUGGUGUUGCCUGCGGUCUCGAGUGGAUGGAAUCGAAUGCUCAACCUCAUUGGAGCCAUCGAUGACAGAAAUGGCACUCGGCUGACAAAAUGGGUCUGCGACACAAUCGAAAACCUGUACAUCGAGAAAUACACUCAAUUGCGAAUCAGUUUGGUUUGCACGAGAGACUCAAGUGAAUUUCUCGUUUCCCGUAUUCUACAACUGAAUGUGCUGCACACAGGCCACCUUAUGUUUCAGUUGGCAUGA